GGUUCAAUGUGUGCAUGUACUGGGAACUGCUGCUCCAGGGUUGAAUAUUUCAAAUCCGUUAAUCAUUGCAAGUGCUGUGAAACCACUAAACCAAAACUGGGCGUGCUUUAUGAAAUCUUAUUUAAUAUUAUUUUGAUCUUACAUGCAGUCAUUCUGUAGACAAGCUGUGCUUUAAAGUUGCAACAACUCUAACAAUGCAGAAUCUAUUAAAGGGUGGGUCUGUACCCAUCCAGAGGCUUAUACCCAUCUGGAGUGCUUCCCAUCGGAUGUUCUACCCCUCCGCCACCCGUCUUGCCAGCACUCAAUCUUCCCCAUCGGUUGAUUUACCGGAUAGGGCCAAAGUAGUGAUUUGUGGUGGAGGAGUGGCUGGGACCUCCAUUGCAUAUCACCUGGCUAAACUUGGAUGGAAUGAUGUUCUACUUCUUGAGCAAGGAAGUUUGACAUGUGGGACAACCUGGCAUUCUGUUGGGCUAGUAGGCUUGUUAAAGAGCAAUUCAACACUGAGUCAGAUAUCAAGAUGGAGUGCUGAACUUUAUGAAAGUCUCAAGGAAGAAACAGAUAUUGAUACAGGCUUUCGUGUAACCGGGGCAGUCAUGCUUGCUCAAACACAAGAUCGUUUGAUCUCAUAUAAGAGGUUGCAGGCAAGAGAAAGAGAGAUUGGAAGUGAAUGUGAGAUGGUGACUCCUUCCGAGAUUGAGAAGUUACUUCCUUACGUUAGAACAACCGACAUUGUUGGUGGCCUAUAUUCGCCUAAAGAUGGCAGAACAGAUGCCCCUAACACGGUCAUGGCUUUGGCCAAAGGAGCAAGGCUUAACGGUGUUAGUAUCAUUGAGGGUGUUCAAGUUAGCAAAAUAAAGAGUGAGAACGGUCGAGUAUCUGCUGUGGAGACAUCGCAUGGCACAGUCAAAUGUGAAUACUUUGUUAACUGUGGAGGUCAGUGGGCUCGGGAUAUAGGAUUGAAGAGUGAUCCUAUAGUCAGGGUUCCUCUACAUAGUGUCAAGCAUCAAUACAUGAUCACCAAACCCAUUCCCGGUGUAGAGCCUCGUAAUGAUCCUUAUAUACGAGAUUACGAUUUAGGAAACUAUAUCAUAGACUGGGGUGGAGGUUUCUUGGUAGGGAUGUUUGCCAAGAAAGGCCAACCUAUCUUCUUUGAUGGAAUCCCAGAAAAGUCAGAAUUCUUGUCGUUGCCAGAAGACUGGGAUCAUUUUGCUCCACAUCUGCAGGGUUUUCUAAGAAGAGUUCCAGCCGCUGAGAAGGCUGAGGUCCAGCAGCUCUUCAACGGACCCGAGAGUUUCUCGCCCGACUGCAAUCCUCUCUUUGGACCAGCACCCGAGAUGGACAACUACUUUGUGAUGGCCGGCCUGAGCUCACAGGGUGUGGUCUUGAGCGGAGGUCUGGGAAGGGUCAUGGCUGAGUGGAUCGUCAAUGGCCACGCCCCCCUCAACACAUGGUGUGUGGAUCUACGUCGCUUCACCGAGUACCACAAUAACAAGGCUUUCCUGAGAGACAGGGUUACUGAAUCAGAAGGAAUACACUACCAUAAUCCUUUCCCGGGAGAUGUUAACUUUGAGACGGGACGCAUGCUACGUUGUUCUCCUCUGUUUGGUGCCCAGAAGCAAGCUGGGGCAGUGUUUGCUGAGAAGGUUGGUGUGGAGAGGCCAGUCUACUACAUGAACCCAGCAAAUCAAGAGGAAUUUUACGAUGAGCUUCAGAAGGGUACUUUUGGAAAGCCAGCUUGGUUUGACUAUGUCAAUGAAGAGUACUGGGCGUGCCGGGAAAGUGUCUGCCUUAUGGAUAUGUCCUCUUUCAGCAAAUUUGAAUUAGAGUCAGAUGGGCCAGAGGCAUGUGCUCUUCUGCAGAAGUUAUGCCCGAAUGAGAUGAACAUGCCCAUAGGAUCAGUAGCGCACACGCCAAUGCUCAACGAGAGAGGAGGAUAUGAGAACGACUGCAGUGUAGCAAGAGUUUCAGAAAACAAGUACUUCAUGAUCUCACCAACUCAACAACUCAGAAGAGGAUUCAAGUGGAUCUCCAAACACUUGCCAUCGGAUGGUUCUGUACAGCUAAGAGAUGUCACGAGUUACUACACGGGAAUCAAUGUACUGGGACCAAGGGCAAGAAGUGUCUUACAAAGGCUCACAACAACAUCAGUUACUUUAGUAGAUAUGAAGCCCUUCACCGUCAGGGACAUUAGUAUAGGAUAUGCCAACUCAGUGAGAGCCCUAUCUGUCACACACGCAGGAGAAGACGGCUGUGUUCUUUACAUUCCUAAUGAGAUGGCUAUCAAUGUGUACAACUCUCUAAUGAGUGCCGGGAAGUCGUACGGAAUCCGCAAUGUCGGUUACUACGCCCUCAGGUGGCUGAGGAUAGAAAAGCUCUUUGCGUAUUGGGCAGACGAUUUCAAUGACACGCACACUCCUUACGAGAUUGGACGAGAGCACAGGGUGAAGUUUGACAAGGACAUUGACUUCAUUGGCAAGUCAGCCCUGCUAGACCACAAGAACAGAGGAAUCCGAUGUCGUCUAACCCAAUUCACAUUAGAAGACCACGACAUCGACUACCACCUCUGGCCUGCCGGUGGUGAGCCAAUCUAUCGCAAUGGUCAGUAUACUGGUCUUGUCACAUCAACUGGCUAUGGCCCGAGCCUGGGCAAGAUUGUCUGUCUCGGCUGGGUCACGAACUCUGACCCUAUGACCCAUGAUUACGUCACCAAAGCCAACUACGAGGUAGACAUAGCGGGGCAGCGGUAUAAAGCAAAAGCAUCAUUGUAUCCUCAUAAGCAGGCAACAAGACAUGCUCUUAUAGGAUGAGAGGAGGAAAUGCUUGUUGGAAUGCUCCCCAGGGAGUGGGGAAAGUGCAUGCAUGGUGUGCCGCAGGCGAGCCAGGAUCCAAUGACUCGAGCAAUAAGCACUUACAGAGUUUGUUCUGAUGUAUUAAACCCUAUUCGAAUGUGGAGAAGUGUUAUUUGUAUUUUCUAAUAAUCAUUGCUUCAAUGCUAGAGGGCAUCUGAAUAUUAUUUAAAUAGAUAUAACAGUGCCAACAAAAUUAAUUAACUUCAAGGCCAGUUUUAUGAACAUUUUGACUGAUACCUCGAUUGAUAUAAUGCAUCACUGAACACCAUUGUUCUUAAAAGGAUAGCAAAGUGACCAAAAUUGUCUGUGGUCUCUCAUUGUCUGUUUAUUAUAAACAGCUGGUCUUUAAAUUUACGAAACCCGGGUAUAUGGUGCCGAAAUUACGCAACAUUUUGUAAGUGCAUGUCAAACCCAAAAUUGCUCCAAAAUGUGAUUCCUUGUACAAAGUCAAUGCAAAUUGGGUUUCUCAACCAAAAAUCAUAAAUGUAUGAUUAUUUUUACUUUUGUUGAUUUAAAUGGAUUUAUUUUAUUCUAUUUAUAUUUAUGAUUGUAAAAGGGUCACCGACAAAGUUAAUCGGAAAAAAAUAAUAAAAGGCAAAGAAAUAA